AUGGAUGUAACAGCUGCUGAUGUUCGAAGUCGUCAAUCUAUCGUCCAACCAGUUUCAAUAUUAAAAUUAAUUUUCGAUGGAUUUUCAAUUAUUCUUGUACUUUCAACAUGGUUAAUAUUUAAAUAUAUUGUAAGACCUGUUCGACGACCAUUUCUAUGUUCGGAUUUAAAUUUAUAUCAUCCAAAACCACCACAAAAUGUCAUUCCAUCAUGGCUUCUAUUUCUAUGUGGAGUUAUUGUACCAAUAAUUGUUAUACUUUUGUCUGAAGGUGUUCGUUGGUUUUAUUUACUUCGUAAAAAAGCAGCACGUGUUGUUUAUAAACUUCAAAUUCGUUCGACUAUUUACAAUAUUCCAGAAUGGGCUGGAAAUCUUUAUAUUAUUAUUGGAAUCUUUGUUUUUGCUUCUGCUGCUAAUUCAUUUUUAACAAAUGUUGGCAAAGUUGCAGUUGGUCGUCAUCGUCCACAUUUUAUACCAUCAUGUUUUAAUCAAACUUCCUAUCAACCUUUUUGUGUUGAUCCUAAUGCAUGGAUUGUUAAUUAUACAUGUAUUGGAGAAUCAAGUACAGUUAUUGUAGAAAAAGAUGGCGCUUUUGAUAUACGGCAAUCAUUUCCAUCGGGUCAUUCAUCAACAGCUUUUUGUGGUUUAAUCUUUCUAGCUCUUUAUAUUUAUAAAGUUUGGAGAUAUCGUAAUUUCGGACUUCUUCCAUAUCUCAUGGAAAUAGGUUGUUUUGCUUUGGCUGCAUAUAUUGGUAUAACACGUAUUACUGAUCAUCGUCAUCAUCCUACAGAUGUUCUUGGUGGAGCUAUUUUAGGAACUGUUAUUGCUAUUAUAGCAUUUCGUUCUGUGGUUCGAUCAUUUAAACGAUCUGUUUUGUUGGAUUUGGAGAAUGAAACACAAAGAGGAGGAAGAGAUGAUUUUUAA